AUGUCUAGUUCUGAAAAAUUCGAAUUGUCUAGUUCUGGUUCUAAGCAUUUUGCACCACCUUUUGUUUAUUCUAGCUUGUCUGGUCUUACAAAUUUAGAGUUUUCUACCUCUGUGAGCUUGGAGUUAUCUGGCUAUGCAAAUGUUUCAACUGGUAUUAUGAGUUCCGGGUUUCAAGAUGGUUUUUCUAGUUUGAGUUCUGGGUCUCAAAAUGUUUCUUCUAGUUUAAGCUCUGGGCUUCAAGAAAAAGAUCAGAAUUGUGGUUAUGUGGUUAUUCCACAUAUAGAAGGAAGUUCUAAUGAAUUAACAGGAAUUUUUUGGAUGAAUA